GUAGGCAAAAUUCAGUUAACUGUUCCGAGGGAACCAAAAUGGAAACUUGCAACCGGGCAAUGUGCUUUCUCUUACUUGCAUUCACUUUUCACCAGGCUGAACUGACAGUGUUUCUAUCAGCCAGUGACGCAAAUAAAGUUAUUGCAAGAACAAAGCGUGCCAGAUUCAUGAUUUUUGAGGAGAUCCUCCAAGGUAGUUUGGAAAGAGAAUGCCUCGAAGAAAGGUGUGAUUAUGAAGAGGCAAGGGAAGUAUUUGAAGACACUGAAAAAACUGACAAGUUUUGGAAUGGCUACUUUGGUGGUAUGCGAUGUUCCUCAAACCCCUGCCUGCAUAAUGGUGUAUGCAAGGACAGCAUUCGCAGUUACACAUGCGACUGUAGAGAUGGUUUUGAAGGAACCAACUGUGCUUUUGCUAAAAAUGAGUGUCGCCACGAAAUAAAUGAGGGUUGCCAACAUUUCUGCUAUCCAGAACUGAAGUCUUAUCGCUGUUCAUGCACAAAAGGCUAUAAACUUGGGCAAGACGAUAAAUCAUGCAUUCCCAAAGAUGAGUGUGCAUGUGGCAGACAGAAGAACCACUUACUGAUGCAGCUGAAUGCAACUGAAAAGAUGCAGAGAGGAUACCCUUGGCAGCAUGCUGUCUAUUUUGCUUUCAAGGUCCUGCUCUUAAACGCAAAAGGAGAAUGGUUCUGUGGAGGUGUUCUACUAAAAACUAAUUUUGUACUGACUACAGCUGGAUGUGCACUGCUGUCUCCCAUCAGUGUUGUGAUUGAUACUUGCUAUUCCCUAAAUGGAGGUACAUUCCACAGCAAGAGCUUGGAACUCAAGAGCAGACUUUCCUGAGUAUCAACCAUCUAUGAUCUGCAGGGAAUGCUCUGUUGGCGGUGGUACUACUGGGUGCUGUGCAAUUGGUACUGACCUGUGACAUGGCCUUCUUGAUAGCACUUCCCCAUUUAUGAAAUGCCCUCCCUGGUGAGAUGCAUCUGUCUCUCUCAUUAAAAUUCAGGAGGAAUUGAAAAACAUUCCUGUUCACCCAGGCAUUUGACGGCUGAAACAUACUGGCAAUAGUUGAACUUUGUUUUUAUUGUACUUUUAAUGGUUUUUAUUGUAUGGUUUUGGGGUUUUUUUGCUUGUUGCAAACCACUUUUAUGUUUUUAAAUGAAAUAGCAAAUAUAAAUACGUUUAUAAAUAAAUAAAAUACUGUUCCUGGUAACCUUAAUAUUAUUAGCUGUGAAGAUAUGCGGCUGUUUUUAAAUGUUUUCAUUUUAAUUUUUUUAAUUUGUAUUUUGCUGUUUUGUGAUUUGCCACCCUCAGCUCCUUUGGGAGGAAGGGGGAUAGAAAUUUAAUAAUAAAUAAAUAACAGAAGUGGCCUUUGAAGGCCUGCUUGGAGGGGCCAAGCUGCUGUAAUGAUAAAAUUUGUGUGGCAACAUUCACCAUUCAUUGCUUGUCCGCUGCAAGCUCAUCAGCCUUCUAGCUUUUUCCAAGUGUGGCUAUGGGGUAAGUGGGUAAACAUAAGCGAAUUCCUGUCAGUUCCAUAUCAAAGGUUUGCAUUCCCACCAAAAAAGGAUCUACCCACAGUCCAGAUGGGUUUGGGAACUAGCAAUAUAACUUGAAUAGGAGACCUAUAGAAAAUUGUUCUAUAUUAAUUCUAUUACAUGGCUGUGACAAUUUAAUGUAGCAUUGAUAUAGGUUUUUGUUACUAUUGCGUGAUCAAUGUGAUCACAUAGUAAAGAAAAGCUAUUGCAACAACUAACAGGUGCACCAUU